UAUAUUUUUUGUCUCAAUUUUCGCUCCAUUGCAAAAAUUUGAAAUUCAGCUUGAAUAAAAAUAAAUUAAUAAAUUGAUGAGCAUGUAUUUGCAUUUUUAUUGAGGUACGGUACCUUUUUCAAUGAUUAAUCCACCUAACAAUUGAUUACGUAAAUGGCUUGAAUUCAAUGUAAUGAAAAUUGGAUUUAACGUAAAACAUUUCUUUUAAAUUCAAUUUAAUAAAUUCACCGCCAAGCUCUGGCUUACUCAAUAAAAUAGUUUAGACUAUUACAUUAGACUGGAAAAAGAAUACAGGUCGUAAAAUAUAUACCUACAAUGAGACAAUUUUCGCCUCCAAUUCCUCCAAAUAUUUUCCUCUUCCAUUUUAUAUUUACAUUGAUGACUCAACAUCUAUACUUUUGUCUCUAUUUAAACUUUCAAUAAAAUCCUUCUUUAAGUACUAACACGGGCAAUGACACGUAUAGGACAAUGCUAUAGGCAACAUUUGUAAGCGAUAGAAGAUUUAUCUUAUCCGAUAAUUUGAAAAGUUAAAAAUUGAGAGUAGAAAUUUUUAUUGUUUAAAUACAAAACGUAUGGAGCCAAUUGUCAGAAAUAAGUGAUCAACAUGAAAAGCCAUAUGAAUUUUAUUUUUACAACAAUAUAAAAAAAAAUCAUUAGCUAAUCACAAUUUCAUUGGGAGGAUGACGAUUUUUGUGGCAUUGAUAUGACAAUAUUAUAACUAAUUUUACCGGAUAUGAAUCACUCACUCCCAAUAAAUCAAACUCGAAUUGUUCUUGGGAAGGUACUUUUUUAUCAGACAGAAAUGUUCGUAAAAUGAAUGAAAAGUUUGGCAUUUUUGACCGCAUCAUUUUUAUUCUGUGACAAUACAUUGUUAUAGGAAUUAUUCAUGUUCAAACACACUUACAUACGUGACAUUUGAAAUGGCGCUACAGUCAGUCAUCUACAAAAAAAAAAACAUUUUUGCGAAUAUCGACGAUUUAAAUUUCAAUUUUUUGAACGUGCGCGGUAGAUUCAUGGGGAGGAAGGCUUUCGAUAAUAUUAUCGUAUUCCAUUAAUAUCCAAUAAACUUUAAAUUGUAUAAAGUGACUUUGAUCCGUCAUGGAGUUCUCGCUGCCCGAUAUCUAAAUACUAGCGAUGAUUCAAACAAGUGAAGUAUCGUGUACAUUACCUUAUCAAUAAAAAAAAAUAUUAUGGAAAACCGCAGCGAAUAGUUUUGAUUAAUGACUAGUUGUUUAAAAAACGACAAAAUUUAUUUGUACCGCAAAGUCUAAUACUUGAGCAAAACCUUUGAUUAAGCAAAACCGUUGAAAAAAAAUGACAGGAAAUAAGAUUGUGGGAAAGCAACGGAAGUGUGAAUAAAUUCCAAGUCGAUUAAAAUAGAAACGAGCGAGCAUUUUGAUAAUUGAUUUAUGAGUUUAACAACAACAUAACGAAACGGUUGGCUGACGCAAACAUUUUACGAGAACAAAUCGUUGUGAAACGCAUCGAUUUCACGCUUGUCCGAUUAUUAUUAUGGUGCCGAUAAAAGAUUGUAUCGAUCAAGAAUGCUAUUUAGUGACAAAACACUCGUGGAAGGGAAAAUACAAGCGAAUUUUAGCAAUCGGUAAAACGGGUGUAUCCACAUACAAUCCCGAUAAAUUCGAAGUCACAAAUCGAUGGCCGUAUUCAGAUGUAGUUGCGAUCGCCCCCAACAAAUCAAUUCAAAAUUCAAACCAUGAGUUUUCGUUGACAUUACGGAAAGACAGGAAAUAUGAUACGAUUAAAUUAUCAUCAGAGUAUCGAAACGAUAUACUUACAUCGUUGUUUAAGUAUCAUAGGGAAUUUGCCGAAAAGAUAAAAACUGAAAAAUAUUCCGCAUACAAAUACCAUUGGUCUGGUAUUGGAUUACCAACGCAAUUGGAAGUGACACCAUGCUCACUAGAUCAACUCGAUCCUACAUCGAACAAAGUGAUCGCUAGCUAUGACUACAAAGAUAUUGUGGCAACAAUUGGCAUUCAAGACUAUGAACAGGGUAUUGUAAUUGCUUAUGGGAAAUUCACGCGCUUGCAUUUAUUCCGAGCCGCGAACCAUCAUGAAAUCGUACAAAACAUUGUACAGGCCUCAAAUCAAUUCAUGAACAUCGUAUUGAAAGUUGUGCCCAGCCAAAUUACACUCAACAAAUUCGAACAAGAGAAAUUCGGCCCAUAUUCAAAAGACAAUUUUCUAACAUCAAUGUCCGAGUUUAUUGUGCAAAAGAUAACGGAUCGACAUCCAGAGCCUACUAAGCGAAUUCUGUGUCUAACAGAAGCUACAAUUUUGGAACGAGACCCACAAACCUACAGUAUUUGUACGUUGAGACCGUUGGAAGAUAUAUUUGCCUUAGUCAGAGAUUCAGAAAAUAUUCAAUUAUUUCACAUCGAAUAUAAAAACGGAAUCAGCCGUUCGUAUUCAACGAAUGAUCGUGAUUCGCUAUUGUCCACCCUAUUGGAUGCUGUACGCUCUUGCAACAAUCCCAAUGUACACGUUCGAAUGACACGUACACCGCGUGGCAAACGUGUUGUCCCAUUGUAUGCAAACGUUGACGAAGAAACUGAAGCGAGUCUCUUGCGAUUAAUCAUCCAUAAUUUUCAAUAUCCGGUAAAGAGAUUCGAAAUCCUUGAGCGAUUCAACGCUAACAUUCCGCACAGUGGUCUCAACUACAGUGUCACACAAGAUAGCCUUUUUGCUGAGAAUAAAGAGAAACUGAUAUUGGGCGCACUACAAGCUUUAACACAAAAAGAAACUGAGAAAAUUGCCGAUAUAUCAAAUUUCGAGCUGGAAGCCUGUUUUCAUUCGCUUCGACGUCUAUUGGCCAGUAAAACUGGAUUUGCUGCGUUUACUAAUUUACCUGGUUUCCGCGAAUCAAUUGGAAAGAAAGUGGUGGCUUCAUUACAUCGAAAAGAUUUGGCUGUUACAUAUGCCGCAAUCGAUAUGCUGAAUUCGUUGAUGCACUCGAUGAGCGGUGAAUACAAUCUGAAGCAAGAACAAUUGAACAAGUCAUCGCUAUUGUCAUCGAAGCAAUUUUUGGAAAAUCUACUCAACACAUGGACAGAGCAUGUGAACUUGGGCAGUGGUGCUCUCAUUCUAUCGGCGAUGUUGGAUUUUCUAACGUUUGCUCUGUGUGUACCGUACAGCGAAACCACGGAUAGUAAGCAAUUUGAUAGUCUUUUGGAGAUGGUUGCCGGUCGUGGCCGAGCCAUGUUCAAGCUAUUCCAGCAUCCAUCGCUUGCCAUAGUCAAAGGAGCCGGCCUGGUGAUGCGAGCAAUUAUCGAAGAGGGUGAAGCGAAUAUUGCAAAUCAAAUGCAAACCCUUGCAUUGGAUGAAGCUGCUUUGUGCCGACAUUUGUUGGUUGCUUUGUACACGCCAGUGAACGAUUCAACCAUGGCAGCGCAUCGACAAUUAUCAAGGCAUUUAGUUGGGCUGUGGAUCACCGAUAACGAAGAUGCCAUGCAACUAUUUCAACGCAUUUUCCCUGCCGGUUUGCUGAUGUUCCUCGAAUCGAUCGACGAAGUGCCCACCACCGAUGUCGAAGAGGACAAACUAAAUUUCCGUGAUAAUUUAAAUUUAGCCAUUCAACAUUCCAAUAAGGGCAAACGCAGUGUGAUCGAAAAACAUUUGGAAGGCAUCAAGCAUUGGGGCCUAAAUUUGAUCGAUCGACAGGAGAAAAUCAAUCAGUCACUUCAAAACCGUCCCAUUGUGUUGCGAAAUCGACGCCAAAGGAAGAAAUUGAAUGAUAAAAUCAUUAAUCUUCCGUAUUUUUUCUAUCAAUUCACCAGAGAUCAUAGUAUUCCCAAUUUGAUUUGGAAUCAUAAGACAAGAGAAGAGUUGCGUGUUUGCCUUGAAAAUGAGCUGAGACAGUUUUCGAGUGAUAAAGAACUAUCAGGGAACAUUGUAUUGGCAUGGAAUUAUGAAGAGUUCGAAGUGAACUAUCAGUGUUUGGCUGAAGAGAUAAAAAUUGGUGACUAUUAUAUUCGAUUGAUCCUUGAAAAAGACGAUUGGCCACAGCAUUUAGUGAAAAAUCCAGUUGAACUAUUCAAUGCGCUUUAUCGUCGAGUGCUAUGUCGACAGCGUGUGAACGAUGAUCAGCUGACUGUAACCUCUCUGCAGGCAUUGGCCAAAGUGUACAAACGAUAUCAUGAGGAGAUUGGUCAAUUCAGUGAUAUGAGCUACAUACUUCAAUUAUUGGAUCGCUGUUUAUCGCCUGCUCUGCGUGACGCAUUGAUCGGUCUUAUCAAUUGUCUUGUUUUGAACAAAACCAAUUGUCGUCCAUUGAUUGAACACGUCAAUUGCUUGGUUGACCUAAUAACGCUGGCACACUUGCACCAAGGUCGUGCACUACCGAAUACAAAAACGAAUGUGAUUGAAGCCGGACCGAAUCAAAGAUUUCAGGAAGAAAAAGACUGGUACUAUAACAUUGAAAAGGAAAAUGAGAAAUCCGAACGUUGUGGGCCAGUUACAUUCUCUGAGCUCAAGGAGCUAUGGAAUCAAAAGGUAAUCACGCCACGAACAAGAUGCUGGGCAAUUGGAAUGGAUGGUUGGCGAUCGUUGCAACAGCUGCCUCAAUUGAAAUGGUGUUUGAUGGCAAAAGGAACGCCAUUGUACGAUGAAACGGAAUUGGCUGCGCAUAUUUUGGAUAUUCUGAUCAAGUGCACGAGCUUCUUCCCGAGUCGAGCACGCGAUGGCAAAGCGGUAUUGAUACCAGGGCCGAAACUAUCGCGAAAACUCUCGGAGUUUGUUUGUUUGCCACACAUUGUUCAAGUGUGUUUGACCCAUGACCCGGGCUUGCUGGAACGAGUGGCAACGCUUUUGUGUCAAAUUAUGCAAGAUAAUCCCGAAAUGCCAAAAGUUCAUUUAACUGGAGUCUUUUACUUUAUGCUCAUGUACACCGGCAGUAAUAUUUUGCCAAUUGCACGUUUCCUAAAAAUGACCCAUAUGAAACAGGCGUUCCGUAACGAAGAGUCGGCACAGCAAUCAGAAAUCAUGCAUCGGAGCAUAUUGGGUCAAUUGCUGCCAGAAGCAAUGGUAUGCUUCUUGGAAAAUCACAGUGCUGAAAAGUUUGCCGAAACAUUUUUGGGUGAGUUCGAUACACCGGAGGUGAUUUGGAAUUCUGAAAUGAGACGCUUACUCAUCGAAAAGAUAUCGGCACAUUUGACUGAUUUUACACCGAAAUUGCGUGGGCAUACAAUGGCACGUUACCCAUAUUUGGCGAUACCUGUGAUUAGCUAUCCACAGCUUGAAAACGAACUGUUUUGUCACAUAUUCUAUUUACGUCAUUUAUGUGAUACGAAAAAGUUUCCCAAUUGGCCGAUAUCCGAUCCGGUUUCACUGUUGAAACACACGCUGGAAGCAUGGCGCAAGGAGGUGGAGAAGAAACCAUCUCAAAUGACUAUACAACAGGCUUAUGAAAAUCUUGGCAUCGAUUUAACGAAACAUCCGCGACCGGAUGAGACGCUCGUUCGCAAAAGCUACUAUCGUUUGGCCCAAAUUUACCAUCCGGACAAGAAUGCAAAUGGGCGUGAAAUGUUUGAACGUGUGAAUGCAGCGUAUGAAUUUCUGUGCUCCAGAUCGGUGCUUGGCACAAAUGGCCCGAAUCCAAGCAACAUUGUGCUAAUUUUGCAAACGCAAAGCAUUCUCUUUGAUCGAUAUGCAGAUGAGUUGAGACCAUACAAAUAUGCUGGAUAUCCACAAUUGAUCAAAACAAUUCGAUUGGAAACGAAAGAUGAGCAACUAUUUUCAAAGGAAGUUCCACUGCUUACAGCUGCCUCAGAACUUUGCUAUCAUACCGUGUACUGUUCUGUGCUAAAUGCCGAAGAACUCCGACGGGAGAAUGGUAUCGAGGCUCUGCUUGAAGCAUACACUCGCUGUGUUUCUAUAAUGGGCGUUGAUUCAAAGCCAACCGAAGUGCAUUAUCAAAUUAUAUCGAAUAUAACCAAAUGCUUUGAAGUGGCAUGCAACUUUGAAAAUUGCAAAAGCAAAAUCAUUGAAUUGCCGCAGCUUAUCACCGAUGUCUGCCGCGUGGUGUAUUUCAAACAUACGCUGUCCGUUGGUUUGGUGACGAGUUUAGCAGCCAAUAAUUCGGAGUUGCAAUCGAAUCUAGUGAAGAAUGGUGUGCUUUGGUCGUUAUUGUUGUUCCUAUUCGACUAUGAUUACACGCUCGAUGAGAGCGGAGUGAACACUAGCGAAAAGACCAAUCAACAAAAAUCGGCCAAUAAUUUGGCACGCAUGUCAAUCCUAUCGAUUGUGGCACUGUGUGGCUAUGAAUUAAAAUUGGUCCUCGAUGAAAAUGAUCCAUUGAACGUAGCGAUUCGGUAUAAUACGGCUGUUACUCCGACGGGUACGGCGUCGGGUGGAAGCUCGAUGAAGGAGUCAGCUCAAUCGUCACCAUCAACAACCUCUCCAUAUACCUCAAACGCAACCAAUAUAAUACAAAACAAUGCCAUUCAUGCGAUCCAAAUGAACAAUAACAAUCCAAAUAAAGCAACGGGUGAGAAGAUCAGCGAUGGCGAAGAAGUGUUUGAAUCGGAACAAGUGGCCAAUGUGGAAAAAGAGAAUUUUGCCAACAAUCGAAAAUACACGAUAAGCGGAAUUCCAACGAAUUUUUUUGUUAAGAAAAUCGUCGAUCGACUGCUUACCAAGUAUAUCACCGAUAAAUUUGCCACGCAUAGCGAUUCGGAAGUGUUGAAAGUGCUUACAUCGAAUACACGCAAUCCGUACAUCAUUUGGGAUAAUGCGACGCGAACACAAUUGAUCGACUUCCUGGAACAUCAACGAACGACAAGUGCAAAGGAAAAAUACGAAGAUAUCGCUGAUAUUGUGAAUAUUGUGUCUGAAUUUUCAUUUGACGCUCACAGAGAUGAAUUGCAAAUCGCUGGAGUGUACAUUCGUAUUUACAAUGAGAUGCCAACGUUUCCAAUCAACAAUCCGGUUUCGUUUGUUAUUGAUUUAUUGGAAUUCUUAAAGCAGGGCUAUUCAUAUUUAGUUUCAAGCAAAUCGGGUAGCACACGAACGGGCAGCGUUGAUGGAAUUUUGAUGCCAACAUUAGCAUCGAAUCAUCCGCAACGGAAAAAAUCGGGCGGCACAGGCAGCCAGGAUAGUUUCAAUAAUGUGCUAACUGAGUACAAUCGAUCAAAGGCGCGUAAUCAAUUGAAAAAAUCGGUAUCUGAUGCAUCCACGUCGAGUAAAUGUGAUUUCAAUUCUCAAUGUGGUGAUCCAUUGGACAAUAUCAUAUCGGUAUUGAAGGCAUUGGUGUCUGUGAUAAAAUCGAAUCCAAACGUUGAGCUACAAUGCAUCGGGCACUUUGAUAUGCUGUUCGGAUUGGUGUCAACGAAUUUUGGUGCACGUGCUAAGGAGAUCAAAACACUUGGAUUGGAAAUCGUUUCGUUGGUAUCUCGAAACAAGGAAUGUGUCAAUGACAUAGCUGCUUGUGAAAUUCUUGGCAAAUUCCUGAUUGCACUUAAAGAUGAUGAAUUGAAGGCCAGCCAAAUGAAAGUGUUGGAAACACUGUCCGGUCUGUUGAAUGUUCAACGAAUGGUCAAAGAGGCUCAAGCUAAAGGUGCUGUUGUUUACCUAUUGGAUUUGUUUUGCAGCUCACGCAAUCCACAAAUUCGGGAAUUUUGCUCAGAGCUCCUUGGUAAAAUGACCAGCGACAAGCUCAGUGGACCAAAGAUUCGAAUAACCGUAUGUAAGUUCUUGCCGGGCGUGUUUCUGGAUGCAAUGAUCGAGAAUCCACAGAUUGCCGUUCAGAUGUUUGAGUCAGUGCACGAGCAUCCGGAAUUGAUAUGGAAUGACAAAACACGAGACAAUGUCAUCGAUUCAGUAUUAAAUCAUAGCAACAGCUUUUGCAAGCAGCAAAUCGCCAAUCCAAAACAAUUGUGGAAGGAUCCAGACACAUUGAAGGAUAUCAUAACUGAUGAACUCGUUGUGUCGGGCGUUUACUUGAAGCUAUUCAUUAGUAAUCCAUGUUGGACAUUGCGAAAACCCAAGCAGUUCUUAUCCGAUCUAUUGGAUUUCAUCAGUAUCAAUAUCAAUCGGACAACAACGGCUAAAGAGAAGGAAGCGCUCGAAGUGUCAACGAAUGCAUUGGUUGCACUACUUCAUGCUCAGCCCAAUUUAGCCGAUGCCGUGCCAGUGCUCGGUCACAUACCCAAAUUCUUUACACAGUUAUCCAUUCAACCGAAAAGCGCCUUAAAAGUUCUUCAUCAGCUUUCACUAUCGGAGGUAUGUGUUCAAGCCAUAUCACAAACUGAAUGCAUAGGCUCGCUCAAGAAAUGCAUGGAAAAUAAUAAAGAAUUGCAAGCCACUACAUGCGAAACAUUAAGCCGAUUAUUCAAAUGCCAACACGAUUCGCUCAUCCGCCAAUCAUUGGACUGUAAUUUAAUUCCAUAUUUACUGAAAAUCCUGGACAGUAGAUUAGAGUUUACAGACAGCCCAUCAAUGGUUAAGGCCCAAAUUGUGGCUGCUUUGAAAGCGAUGACACAUAACCUGAGCUACGGUGAUAAAGUAUCUCAGCUACUCAAUUCGAAUCACAUUUGGGCUGAGUUUCGUGACCAAAAACAUGACUUAUUCAUUACGGAUACGAAUGUGCGCGGAUAUUUAACAGGCGUUGCUCCAACAGCAGGCUACCUCACACAAGGACCAAGCAAAAAUGUCGAGGUAUUAACAUCACCGCCGCCGAUCGAUCGCGAUGACCCGUUAGCCCGAACCAAUGAUGAUGCAUAACAGAAAACCGUGUAACAAAAAUCGUUUAAAACGUUCAUCUCCGAACAAUAAAUUGUUGUAUGAAAGUGAAAGGUCAAUUAAAUAAUGUUAAAUGAUGCAAUAAUUGAUCAUUUAAAAAUUGAAUACACAAGCUAGGCAAUAGAUAAUAAAGAAAUCAAUAAUAAUAAAACAAUGGAAAAAAUAUAUACUCAUGUGUAUCAUUUUUAUGGAUUGAUAAAAUUCUUUUUGUAAUUAAUGCCACUGCAAGAACAAAAUUGUCACAAAUUUAAUCGAAUAAAGAACACAUUUUAGUACAA